UCCGGACCCUGCCUCUGUUAAAGCUUCAAAUACCUGCACAGGAACCCACAGCAUGAUAAUCUGCUGCUCAGGUGUCACUAAGAGUCCCAGCAAGGCUUUAAAGGCACCAAUAGGUCUUCCUCCCUCUCUGUUGGCUGCUCAUGCCUUACAAUGACUCAGCGUUUAAACCUCUUUAUUCCAUGAAGUGACCACAACUUCCGCAGCCAUCACCCAAACCAGAAGAUACAAGUCAUGUUUCUGAUAUGGAUUUUCAUGCUAUCUGCUCUUCCAAACGCGCUGUGUGCCUCCAUCUUCUGCCCGGACCCCGAGGCAAGAGACCCAAACACAGAUCACAUGACCGAUUGUCUCGGCCUUCGCUUCACCUGGCUUCACUCGGUCUUCGAUAACUUCCCCUCUCUGCUGAGUUUCUCUCUGAAGCUCCGCUGUGCAACGGGGAUGUGUCCUCGAGACCUGGAGGAUUACGGCUGCUCCUGCAGAUACGAUUCCUCCGGAAACCCUGUGGACCCUCUGGACAGCUGCUGUGAGACUCACAGAGUGUGUUAUCAGAGCGCUGCCCCCUGCAGGCAGGCGCUGAUCCCCCUCCCCAACAACUCCACCUGCUCAGCAGCAAACUCCAGCUGUGAUGCUGGUGACCGGUGCCAGCAGAGGUUUUGUGAAUGUGACCAGGCGGCCAUCGACUGCAUGACUCGGAGCGAAUACAACUCGUCUCUGAAAAACCUCCACGCGUCUUUCUGCACCGCGGAGAAUCAAACCGUUUCAGAUUCUGUCAGCAUUAGCCUGGAGUCUGGAUCUUUGUUAAGAGGAGCAGACGAUCUUUCUGCAGUGAACGACUCUCUGAGCUUCUUCCUCUCCAACUCUUCCUUCCUGUCUGCAGACAUGGACCCUCUGAUGACCCUCAAUAGCAGCGACUCCUGGGGGGGGGUCGGAAACCUCAGCACCCCCCCGCCCAGCAGCCAAUCCCUGCUGAGAACUGCAGAGGAGUUUCAGGAAGGUGAAGACGUUGCAGAGGAAGUAGAAGAAGAAGAAACAGUGCACACAAGUUUCAUCUCGAGAGAUUCAGCUCUGGUCGGUCUCGGAUCAGAAUCAGAGCCAAUCAAAACAUCACAACUGAGCUUUGAAGACAAAAACACAGAAACACCUUCAACAUCCUCCCUUCAAACUACAACUACAACUCCUCUGAGGACUACAACUCCUCUGAGGACUACAACUCCUCUGAAGACUACAACUCCUCUGAGGACUACAACUCCUCUGAAGACUACAACUCCUCUGAAGACUACAACUCCUCUGAAGACUACAACUCCUCUGAGGACUACAACUCCUCUGAGGACUACAACUCCUCUGAAGACUACAACUCCUCUGAAGACUACAACUCCUCUGAAGACUACAACUCCUCUGAAGACUACAACUCCUCUGAGGACUACAACUCCUCUGAGGACUACAACUCCUCUGAAGACUACAACUCCUCUGAAGACUACAACUCCUCUGAGGACUACAACUCCUCUGAGGACUACAACUCCUCUGAAGACUACAACUCCUCUGAAGACUACAACUCCUCUGAGGACUACAACUCCUCUGAGGACUACAACUCCUCUGAAGACUACAACUCCUCUGAAGACUACAACUCCUCUGAAGACUACAACUCCUCUGAGGACUACAACUCCUCUGAGGACUACAACUCCUCUUAAGACUACAACUCCUCUGAGGACUACAACUCCUCUGAAGACUACAACUCCUCUGAGGACUACAACUCCUCUGAAGACUACAACUCCUCUGAGGACUACAACUCCUCUGAGGACUACAACUCCUCUGAGGACUACAACUCCUCUGAAGACUACAACUCCUCUGAGGACUACAACUCCUCUGAAGACUACAACUCCUCUGAAGACUACAACUCCUCUGAAGACUACAACUCCUCUGAGGACUACAACUCCUCUGAGGACUACAACUCCUCUGAGGACUACAACUCCUCUGAGGACUACAACUCCCAGAGAGCCGACACCAACCAACCUGAAGGAGUCAUCUGAGGAAGCUGAUAAAGAAAUAAGAGAUUCGUUCAUCGUCACAACGUCACUGACAGCAAAAGCACCAAUCAGACCGUCUGAGAGGAGAAGGUCAUCUGAAGAAGAGGAAGAGGAGGAAGACGAUGAUGAAGAGGAGGAGGGAGCUUCAGAUGAGCAAGUUAAAGACAUCCUCACUACUGUGUUUACUGCAACAACAACCACGGCCAAAACAACAACGGCUAAAACCACAACAACAACAACACCGACUGUAUCCCCAGAUGCAUCCAACGAGGUGUUAGGAAGUUCAACAACAUCUGAAAAGACAACACCAGCCUCUCCAACAGGUGGAGGAGAAUCAACAACAACAACAACAACUCCUCCUGCUUCAGAGGAGAGACGAGAGGAAACAGGUUUUCACACAACUCAAGGACAGGAGAAGAUAUCCAGUGUCAAAACCACCGUCGCCUCGCCUCCAAAUUCAGGAGAGGAAGUGGUUCCCCCCAUCGCUCCCCCCCCGGGAAGAGCUCAGGUGAGUCACAAAACGACACCUUCAGUGGGAGUUGUGUCUCAAACCACCACAUUGACCUCCAUCGGACCUCCUUCAUCUCAGACCUCCUCCACCAGACCUCCUUCAUCUCAGACCUCCUCCACCAGACCUCCUUCAUCUCAGACCUCCUCCACCAGACCUCCUUCAUCUCAGACCUCCUCCACCAGACCUCCAUCAUCUGAGACCUCCUCCACCAGACCUCCUUCAUCUCAGACCUCCUCCACCAGACCUCCAUCAUUUCACACCUCCUCCACCAGACCUCCUUCAUCUCACACCUCCUCCACCAGACCUCCUUCAUCUCAGACCUCCUCCAUCAGACCUCCUUCAUCUCACACCUCCUCCACCAGACCUCCAUCAUCACAGACCUCCUCCACCAUACCUCCUUCAUCUCACACCUCCUCCACCAGACCUCCUUCAUCUCACACCUCCUCCACCAGACCUCCUUCAUCUCAGACCUCCUCCAUCAGACCUCCUUCAUCUCACACCUCCUCCACCAGACCUCCUUCAUCUCACACCUCCUCCACCAGACCUCCUUCAUCUCAGACCUCCUCCACCAGACCUCCAUCAUCUGAGACCUCCUCCACCAGACCUCCUUCAUCUCAGACCUCCUCCACCAGACCUCCAUCAUCUCACACCUCCUCCACCAGACCUCCUUCAUCUCAGACCUCCUCCAUCAGACCUCCUUCAUCUCACACCUCCUCCACCAGACCUCCAUCAUCACAGACCUCCUCCACCAGACCUCCUUCAUCUCACACCUCCUCCAUCAGACCUCCAUCAUCUCACACCUCCUCCACCAGACCUCCUUCAUCUCAGACCUCCUCCAUCAGACCUCCUUCAUCUCACACCUCCUCCACCAGACCUCCAUCAUCACAGACCUCCUCCACCAUACCUCCUUCAUCUCACACCUCCUCCAUCAGACCUCCAUCAUCUCACACCUCCUCCAUCAGGACCACCACUGAGGCUGAAUCUGAGGAGCAGCCAGAGAAGAAAGAGGAAGCUCCAUGUGAGGAAGAGGAGAAAUCAGACAGCUCUCCGGAGAGAGAUAUGGAUGACUUGGAGGUGAGGAAGAGGACGAUGCCAUUCUUCGCCUGGUCUCUGCUGGAGUCCAUCGGUCUGACUGACGUCCCGCUGCAGCCGGACAGCAAAGAGUGCAGCCACUCCUUCACGCUGUACGGCAGCGGGGGGGCGGCCAAUCGGGACCUUCCUGCUCUGGGGGAAAUGCUUCACUGUCUGACCGGACGAUGCCCCCACGAGUACGAGAUGUACGGCUGCUACUGUGGACAGGAAGGAAGGGGGGGGCAGCCUCAGGACCAGCUGGACAGGUGCUGCUUCUUCCAUCACUGCUGUCUGAAGCAGAUCAGCUCGGUGGGCUGCAGUCCGGAGAGGAAGCUCAGCGCUCAGGUUUCCUGUGAGGGGGGGAAGCCUCGCUGUCAGGGCGUGAGUGUGUGUGAUAAACUGCAGUGUGUGUGUGAUAAAACCACAGCGGAGUGUAUGGCGUUCGCUCACUUUAACCACAGCCUCCCCGCGGCUCAGUGCCGAGGACCCGAGCCCCCCUGCCGGCGGCCCACGCGGCCCCCCAACCCACGGCUUUCAUCUCAGUCCAGCGAGGAGAGCGAGGAGAGUGAGGAGAGCCAGGGAGGAAACUCUGAUGACGUCAUCAGGGAGAAACCUGAAGGAGGUCGGGAGACAUCUACGGAUAAAAACACGACUCCUCCACCUCCAAGAGGCCAGCACAGCGAUGAAAACUGGAACAUGAAGCAAGAAGAGAAGCCGAAGAAUCCUCCUCAUCUUCCUCAUUUUUUUUCUUUCACUACUCUUCCUCCAUCCAGUGGAGAGAGCAAAGCACCGCCGUCACACAACCACCGGCCAAUCACAGGACAGAACAGCAACCAACAGCCAAUCACAGCGCAGCGACCGGCGUGGAAACCAGCGGGGAAAGAGGAAGAGGAGGAGGGAGGAGAAGAAGAUGAAGGAUAGGAAGAGGAAGAGGAGGAGGGGGGAGGAGAAGAAGAGGAAGAGGGAAUCUAGAAGUGUUUCUCUCUUCUAACGGCAGCUUUGGGAAUAAUUAUGAUUAUGUUUUUCAGAGGGUUUUGUUGACGAUUACAAGUUGUACAUUUCAGAAAAAUAUGUUCAAAUCAAAUGUUUACUUUGAUUUUCAGGUUUUCUUCACAUGAUUUUAAUAAAAAAAUGAACUAAA